AUGACCAUAUCGUACGCAAGCGAAGUGCCAAACGGCUCCAGUUUUGGCUGCUUCUGGAGAAUUCUGAUCAAAUGGCGUGGUUCCGUUUACAAGUUAAUCUGGCGGGAAUUACUGGCGUACCUGUUCUUCUACUACCUCAUCAACUUUACAUAUCGAUACGUGCUCAAUGAACACCAGCGGAUAAUUUUUGAAAAAAUUCGUUAUUACUUCGGCAACUCAAGCGAUUCCAUACCCAUGUCGUUCGUUCUGGGAUUCUACGUAAGCCUCGUUGUGAAAAGAUGGUGGGAGCAGUACAAGCUUUUGCCCUGGCCGGAUAAUCUGGCCCUCUUCAUCAGCGCGGCCAUUCCUGGAAACGAUGAACGGGGGCGAUUGAUGAGACGCAACAUCGUGAGGUACGCCGUGCUCUCGUACGUCAUUACGCUGCAAAGGAUUUCGCUCCGCGUUAAAAGGCGUUUCCCGACUCUUCAGCAUAUGGUGGAUGUAGGUCUCAUGAUGGAAUCGGAGAAGAAAAUCUUUGAAAUGAUGAACAAGAAGGCGGCCAUGUCUAAGUAUUGGAUGCCGCUGGUCUGGGCGACCAAUAUCAUCAAUAGGGCAAGGAAAGAGGCUCUGAUUACUAGCGAUCACGUAGUACAAACCCUCCUUGUUGAGCUCAGCGACAUCCGAAAGAGGCUUGGUGCAUUGAUUGGUUACGAUACUGUCUGUGUUCCUCUAGUCUACACUCAGGUGGUAACUUUAUCGCUGUAUGCCUACUUUUUCUCGGCUUUACUCGGCAGACAAUUCGUCGAACAUGCCAACAGCGGAAAGUAUGAGCAGCCGGACAUGUAUUUCCCGUUUUUCACGGUGCUGCAGUUUUGUUUCUACGUCGGAUGGCUGAAAGUCGCCGAGGUGUUGAUUAAUCCUUUCGGCGAAGACGACGAUGACAUCGAGUUGAAUUGGUUGAUAGACAGACACAUCAAGGCAGGUUACAUGAUCGUUGACGAGAUGCACGAAGAGCAUCCGGAACUUUUGAAAGAUCAAUACUGGGAUGAAGUUGUGCCUAAGGACUUGCCGUAUACAGUCGCCAGCGAACAAUAUCGAAAAGAAGAGCCAAAAGGUUCUGCGGAGCAUUAUAAAGUGAAAGAUAGCGACGCUCUUUACGCGAACGUUAUGCUGGGCACACAGAUUCACAGUCACGGCCAGCAUCGUAAAGCUCAUCAGGAUGAUGUCUACGCCGAUUACGAGAGCGUGGACACACCGUUAGUGGAACGGAAGAAGAAUGGUUGGUUUCAACGGCAGAUUACCCGAGUGGGUUCGGUACGUAGUUCCUCGACUACGUACAGCAGCGGCGGUGGUUUCUUCACACGAAACCGUCACAACAGCGUGUACAGCAGCCCUGAGACCGGUGGUCUCCCGCAAACGAAUAAUCCUAAUCUCAAAAUGUCGUUCUACGAUCGUCUCGUCGGACGAAAAAGCAUUCGAGGCCAGCGCAUGGGUCGCCAAGGUACUAUGACAAAGCUGAACUCGGUACCGGUAUCUUUGAAGAACAGGCCACGCAUACCGACUCCGGAUGUGACGAAGGAAGUGAUCGACCGUGAACAGAGGUUGGCUUUGUCCGCCACUAAUGCGGCGAAUAUCGGUGCAGGUGUGGUGGGCGUGAUACCAGCGAACGGCCAUUAUCCAACUGAUUUGUCGGUGGUGGUGUUGUCACCGAUACAAGAAACUGAAAGUACGCCCGCUUCAGGAAAAUCCGGAGCGGCGGCUUUGGCGCAGGCUGUGCUUUCACCAACAUUGACCAGCGCUGGUCUAAUGACUCCGGUGACUUUAACGCCAGUCACCAUGGGCCAUCUGACGCAGUUGGGUCUAAUGACAACGGCGACAACAACGAUGCCGCAUGUUAAUAAUCAGGGCCCGAUCGUUCAGGCGACGUUGACGGAGGUCACAAGUGAAGAGGAAGGUAGUGGAAGCGGUAGCAGUAGGAGCGGAAGUAUCACCGGACAGGAAGAUCGUUCGACGCCGUUGAUCGAUAACAACAACAGUCCGAUAGGUAGCAACGGCAGUUCGCCUAUUUUCGAUGGCUACAACGAUCGCUCACCAAUCUUAAUGAGUCCUGAGAAACUGGGCUACGUGGUCACUGCCGCUGUGCCCGGAAUUCAAGUUAAUAGAACAAUGGCGAUAGACGCUCGAGGUAGACGAUCAGCCUCGCUGCCCGGUCCGCCACCAGCGCAACCAGAUCAGGACGACAGAAGCAUGUCGUUGCCGCAAUCUCCAGGAUUGCAGUCGAGAGAAACUCGCAUAGUCUCUACGUCAAAUAGACAGGACAAUCUUACCGUGUCCAACAAUCAAAGCGUUCGACCGAGGACCAGCAGUUUUGGUCACGAUCUCUCUAGACCCAGUCAAAAGGUCCAGGAUGCAAUGAGAAAAAUCAGUAGCACCUCGUGCACAAAUACAUCGCUUUCGAGUAAUUUAGGUACGACGACCCCGACGUUAUCUACAAGCGUACCCGCCACAACGACCGUCGCCGGUAGCAAGAGAGGCGAAGUUUAUGUUUGAUGGAGGAUAUUAAUAACGCGGACUUUACUUAUUCAAUUAAUUAGAAGAUACAAUUAAUUAGAAGAUCUUGUUGAUGUUUCCUGAGAAUCCUGAGAUUCAUCUUUGUCCGUUAUUGUGAUGCACUUUAUAUAGUGGAUAUAUUCAUUCCUCGAUUAUUUAGUUCUUUUUCGUAUCAGCGAGAUUAUUAGUGUCUGCGAAUUUCCCUGAAGAUAUCUCGUGUUUCCACUAACAGAUCUUUCCAAACCAACACAAGGAAAAGUCUAUUUUAUCUUACGUUUUUUAAAUUAGAAUUUUUAUUUCGAGCGAUUAUCCAGGUAAAAUAUUCUCAAAAAAUAAAUUCUCGAAAACUAUUUGCGAUUACUAUUUGCUUCAUAUUCCUUUUAUUUACAAUCUUUUAUUCGCUAAUCUUUUAUGAAACCGAGGUAUGCUGUUAUAUGGGAUCAAACCCAGAGAAUCCGCGGAUUACAAGUCGAUUGCUCACACGGAAUGAAGUAUCCCGAACUCUUUUUUAGGAUUCCUGAUUAAUUAUAUUAAUAUCUUGAUUGUCUAUAAAAAUAGCGCGAUUAUAAAUAUCUCUUGAUAAAUAUAAGAGAUAGCGCGUGCUCUUCUAUCUUCUAUAGUCUUAUUAUUUAUAUUAAUUUUGUUGUUUUUACGUAUCUAUUGAAAUAUUUUGUACUUAAGAUAAAAAGAUGUGAGAGAAUGUUCUCCCUAAACAAUUUAUUGUAAAUUGCAUUGAUCGUAUUUACGAGGGUAUUUUUUAGCGAUCAACGAAGGGGAAUGAUUAGUAGGUUUUUUGCCAUUAUGUUGUAAAUAGUAAGUUAUAUAUUAAAGACUAUAUGACGAUCAAUUUCAUAGGAGAAUAUAUUUUAAAUAUAUAUUUUUUAUAUGUAUAUAAUUAUAAAUUUUCUGUCUCUCUCGAUUCGAGUGUAAAAAUUGAUUCUCGUGAAAAAAGGUCACGUGGAAAAAAUCAAAUAACUUAUUGCCAAUCAAUUAUAUCGAUUAUUUACACUUGCAAGAAAAAAAUAUAAAUAUAAUAUUUAAAGCAAAAUGCUUUUACAAUUUAAUGGGAAAUAUUGGAAAUAUUUUUGUAUCAUCGUGCAAUAAGGUAAUACUAUAAGAAAGCGCCAAUUAAUAUUAAAUUGCACAUUGUUGCUACACUAGUUAAUUUGUAAUUUUCAGUUAUAUAAUUUAAUUUUGUUACGAAUUCGUUCGUUCGCAUACGUCAUGAUAUUGUGAUACCACUUUUUUAUAGAUAUCUAAUAUGACGUUUUGUAGGAUAUCUGUAACUUUACGAUAAUCGUGAAUUAAAGAUGCCGAGAGAAAUCAAAGCUAUUAGUCACGUAAUAUCCAUGUGCUUUUGUAUAUAGUUCCUUUGCCUUCUUAUUACAUUAUAAAUUACUUAUAAAUUCGUAUUGCCAUGGAUUCUAUGCACAUGUGAAAUAUCGUUCGUUCUUCACAUUAAGUAUCUGAUGGCAAUAUGCAUUUGCAUACAUAUAUCGACAUUUUAUUUGCCAUUUUUGUAGAUAUAUCACAUAUUAUUGAUGAUAUGUUAUUAAAAUAUUUAUCAAGAAUUUUGUAGUGACUCCGUAAUAUCGCACUGUCUAAUUUCUUCCGAUAUUUCACUAAUAUUCCAUUAUUUUUAAUUUUAUUUAAUAAUGAUCAAUAAGUUAAACUGAUUAAUUAGUCAAAAUACAAUUGAUACUGACAGUAUGACUAUAAUGGAAUAUAUAUAAAGAAAUAUUUUGUUAAGAAAUUAUAAGAUUUUAAUAUUACUAUCAUUCUUAAUCAGUGGGAAACGGUUUAGGACAAAACGCUUUUCAUUUGUACACCUCAAUGAUUGAUGUGUAUUACAGCUCAAGAUGUUUUUAAUAGUAAUGUCAAUUAGCGUGUAUUGUUAUCACGAAUGUAUUAACUCAAUCGUAUCAAGAGCAAAUGCGUCGUAAUCUCAUCGAAUGACAAGUUUAUGUAUAUAACUUACAAUUAUUAAAUUAAUAUUUUUAUCGAAUUAUAAUAUGCUCAAUGACAAUGUGUGCAUAAACCUAACCCGUAAAUGACAAUGUGCUAUAUGUAUUGCAAUUAUAUAUUAUUAUAUAUUGAUUAAAUAUUAUUAUUUUAUUGCACAAUACGUAAAAAUUAUAUCUCAAUUUUUAUGACAGGAACAGUAAUCAUUUUGCUAAAUUUUUCGUAUAAUUAAAUGAUUAUAUAAAAUUUGAUUGAAUUGGCAUAUCCAUCAAAAAUAUUAGUCGUAAUUAUAAUCAGAGACUACACACAUACAUAUAUCUCUUAGUUAUAAAAUUAGUAAUAUUAUUAUUAGUAUGUCUUUAGAUAUUUUUAAAAUGUUUGGUCUUUGAUUAUAAUUAAAAGCUACAUCUUGAUUUUAAUUUGGCAAAUUGUAUGAAAUGGUUAGUUCUAAGAGAUUAAAUUGAUACAUAGAUCAAAUGGCUCCACAUACCGUAUAUUGUGCUUCCAUUGUAAAGACUAUUAUCAUACAAGUGUUAAUAAGAGACAAAACGUAUAUAUAUAUAUAUAAAUUAUACGUUUAUGUUAUAUAAUAGUUAUAAAUUAACUAUAUAUUAUUUAAUAGCCGAUUUAUGCAUAUAUCGGCCUGUGAUGAACAGAAAAGAAUAGGAAAAAAAUAUUGCGCGCCCAAUAUUAAUACUUAUUUAUAAUACAAUUGAAUAUAUUUUAAUUAGCAAUUAUAAUCAAAUCGAGCAAUUUUUUGUGCAAUAACUUGUUUUUAACUCUUUAUGUUUGGCGACGUAAGCAAGAAAAAAAAACCCAUUUUAAAGAUAUUUAAUUUAGAAUAAUUGUAUAUAUAAAUACAUCCUUAUCUCUCUUUCCUUCUUUUGUUACCUCUCUUAAACUUCUAAUUAUUAUCAUGAACAAUCGAAUCUACAUAAGCGACUUGUUUAAAUUUCUCGGUGCCCAGUCACACAUACUAUAAUUAGUUAUAUUAGCGACGUUUCAUAUUAUCUCUUAUUAUCUAUAACCCACGUUGGAAUAAAUACUUUAGAAAAAA